AGAAAGAUACAAAGAGAGAGACAGAAAGAAAAAGAGAGAGAUGAAGAGACGGAAGUGAAGAUAGAUGCAGAGAAACAGAGGGGGAAAAAAAACAGAGAUAAGGCAACAAGGUCAUUCGGAAAGGGACAAAGAGAGGGGCUUUAUUACAGGCUGGCAUAUAAAGUUUGCCUCCCCACCCCCCCAAAUCCCCUGCCAAGUCCCCUCACACUGCUCUCUCUUCCCAGGUCCUCAGGAAAACUCCUAAAUAGAUCCUAUGUCCUGGGUCAGGAAUCUUAGCACACUAUGGGCUGCUGUCCCAUGUCCUGGCCAGGGGGCAGUGAACAGCUAUUCCUUAAAGUCCCAGGAAAAAGGAGUCAUUUUGUCCAGCAUCUUACGUUCCCACUACUCUCCACAUACACAGUAGGAAGAGGGGUGUACCCCGGGGAGAGGGAGAGAGGAAGAGGAGGCAUGAACCCCAGAGGCUUGGAGUGAGGCAAGAGCUAUACCCCAAAACACCCUGCUCAGAAUCAGGUUCAGGGGCCUGGAGGGGAGGGAAUGCCCAGUGUGGAUUCCUGGCUUUGUCCAAGAUGGACUGAGGAGACCCCACGCCAACCUCUGUUCUCCUUCAGGGUCUUCUACCAAAAGCUGGGGGUCACUAUCCCUACCUCUGUCUGUCUCUAUCCUGCUAAGUAUUGAGAGGGGGUUGGGGGGAUUACCAUCAAGGUAGCAAACCUCCAUAUUGUAAGCCCCAGAGCUGACGAAGUUAUCACAGGCUCAAGAAACUAUCUCCUUAGUCUUCUCUUCCCCAGCUGGACCUUGAGGAGCAGACCCUUGAGGUGGAGCCCUUCCCCUAACCCUGAACCCUCAGCCUGGCCAUCCCCAUGGGUAGGCACCUGGGGUCCAGGAAGGGCUGGCCAGAACAAACCCACUCCCUUUAGUUCCUGAGUCACACUGUCCACCCCAUCCCUCCCCAGUACCUGUCCCUCGGCAUCUGGAAAGCUCAAUACCUACGUCCCCACCUUGCUUGAAAGUCAGAGCUCUCUGGGGCCCAGGCCACAGAGCUCCCAGGCCAGGCGGUGGGGAAGCAGCUCCGGAUGUACCGGGGAAAAAGGGAAGCACAGGCUGGUGAAAGGCUUGGGGCCCCUGGGGAGAGUCUCACCAGCGUGGCGGGAGGGGGUGAGCUGAGAAUCUACCUGAUGCAUUGUCCGGCUGCGCAAGGCUCCCUCGGGACUGGCGGCCAGCCGGGCAAAGGAGAGCCUGCCUCCCCAGCUCGGUCCCUACCCGGAGCUGCCACGUCUAUGGGGCUUACGGGGCACACACCCUCUGCACGCGCAGCCUCAACUCUCUCUCCUGCGCUUUUACUUCCUCGAACAUCUGGACUACCCCGAGCCCAGCCCUCAACUCUGACAGUGCUUUGAUCUGACUCCUUGGCACCUCCUUUCAUGCCCCCUGCCAGCUUCAGGAGCCUAGGUCUGCCUGCCUGUACCUCCUCCACAAGAUCCCAGGCACUUGGCCAGCGCCUUAAUCCCGCCCCGCCCCCCACCAGGACUUGCCUGCUCUCUAUCCCAACUGAUUCCUUGAAGUCAUUAUCUUUGAUGUUUUUUAAAAACGCGAUUUCUCAAACACACUGGAAAGUGCAGACUAUAAUAUACUAAAUCUCUCUGGCCCAACCACUAGUUCUGUUCAUCUCAAUAGUCUGUCACAUUGAUUUCAAAACAUUUUAAGGACUAAAACAUUACAAAUAAAAUAGAAGCCCCGCUCCCUGACCUCUCCCCUCCUUCUCACUGUAGGGAUAAACAUCUUGUUGAAUUUGAUAUUUAUCAUUCCCAUGCAAGGCAUUCUUUUCUCUUUGGGUUCUUUGACUUUCACAAAUAUAAAUUCUGGUAUGUCUCUUUGCACUUGUCUGUAACUUCAUUUGUGAAUGUGUGUGCUUUAAUGCAUCCAAGACACAAAAAGUGCCCACCAGUCUCUCCUCUCCCCGGAGACAGUUUAUAAAGGAUAAUUUUGGGUUCCCAACUAACUCCAUGGGACCAGCCAUCCCUCAAUCUGUCCCUUGCUGUGCAUGCACCACCCUCUAUUCCAGUCUGGAGACCAGGAGACCCCCCAGGAACUCCCCUCACCCAGUGAUUUGAUCCCAGGAAGUAAGAUGUAGCCUCCUGAUUCCUUGUCUCUCAGCCCAGCUGCUACACACCCUAACGUUUAGGGACCCCACUCAGACCUCCAAGCUCGCUUAAGCUGCUGGUCGUUGGGCUGCUGACUUGGCCUGCAGAGUGAGUGCAACUGGCUGGCUGGAUGCUAAGGACAGGGUGCUGCUGGAGUACAGGGAACACCUGACCCCAACGUGAGGGGAGGGCUGAGGGAGGGAUGCUUAGAACGUGGUCCUCUUGUUUUUCUAUUCAGAAUAACAAUAAUGUUUGUAAGGUCUCCCUGAAAGAUGUAAGGAGUCCCAUCUGCGUCCGGAGCCCUGAGGAGGGAGAGGCAUGUAGAGGAUUCAGUCUACAGAGGGUGGGCGGCCGGUGGGCCGAGCUGUAGGGCUCAAUGAAACAGAGUUACACUCCAAGAAAACCUCCAGGUGGUGUACGGAGGGACCGAUGGAUCCCCACGGAGGGGAAGAGAGGGGGCACGGGGCCAGGUUGCCAUCGCUGGCUUUUGGGCACAGGUCCUGGAGGAGACCACGGUGGCCCUAGCCCAGGCCACGAGGAGCCCGGGCGCAGGCGCGGCUGUUUCAGCCUUACAUCCUCAACUGGGCUGCCGGGCUGAGCAGGGCCCCUGGAGCCAGUCCCAAUCUGUUUCCUUCUAUUCUUUGACAGGAAGCUCUGGAGAGUCAGCCCCCACCCCCAUCCUGCCCCAGCACUCCCUCUCUCUUUUCCACUAUGGACAGAGCCUCCGCACAGAGGCUGCCUGCCUGCCGCCGACCCAGCUGACAUGGGGAGUGUCGGAGAAACGCAGCUGUGCUGGGCCAUCCUGGGCUUCCUCCUGCUCCAAGGCCACAACUCCCUGCCUGCGACAACUAGCCCUCAGGGAAACUUCAGCAGUCAUAGUCCAACCACAGAGCCAACUUCCCCCCAGACAGGAGACGGUCUUUCCGCAGAGCCCAACUACUCCAGCCCUCUGUCCAGCACCAGCAUCCCAGGCACAGGUGUCCCAAGCAGCAGCAAGAGCAGUGACAGUACAAGCAGAGACACCUCUCACAAUGUUACGUCCAAAUUACCCACCAUGAAUUUGAGGACGAGAGAAGACUCGACCGUCCUGCCCAGCCCCACGUCAGAGACAGUGCUCACUGUGGCUGCAUUCGGUGUUAUCAGCUUCAUUGCCAUCCUGGUGGUUGUGGUGAUCGUCCUGGUCAGUGUGGUCAGUCUAAGGUUUAAGUGUCGGAAGAACAAGGAGUCUGAAGAUCCCCAGAAACCUGGGAGUUCGGGGCUCUCUGAAAGCUGCUCCACAGCCAAUGGAGAGAAAGACAGCAUCACCCUCAUCUCCAUGAAGAACAUCAACAUGAAUAACAGCAAAGGAUGCCCCUCAGCAGAGAAGGUUCUUUAAAAGCAACCUUGGGUCCCUGUAGAUCUGACGAUGAUGCAGCUUCCCUGUGACUGUAAGAAGGAAGGCGAUGGGAUGGGUAGAGGCAAUAAACUAGAUAUAAGUUAUUUUAUUGUUUCACAUCUACUCCCAGAUCUAAAGGACAUUAGCAUUCCUCCAGAUCUGGGAGCAAGCUGCCAGCAUGAGAGACUCUUUCCCACAUGGACUGUCACCCUAGAAGCACAGCAUGCUCCUCCCACCAUCUCAAAGUCACAGGGAGGAGGAGUCUAUAGGGCCAGAGCAAGGAAAAUGACAGCGAAUUGGUCCUUUCUAUUUUGCAUUAAAAUUAUUUUCUAGCCUGCAGUA